UUCAUCAAUAACAAAAAAUAAAAGCAGAGACUGAUGCUGACGUGUCACCACCUGGUUUCUUCUUUUUUUCUCAUCACACACCCACAACCCUGCACUAUUCAACUCUCGCUCCUCUCUCUCUCUCUCUCUCUCCUUAUUUUGCUUUUUUCUACCUUCCUCCUUCUUCUUCUGGUUCAGUUUUAUCCACUUGGGUUUUGCUCUUUCCUCUGUCCAAGUGAAACCCAGUUCUUGUUUUCUUCUUGAAAGAAAGAAAUCGUUUCCAAUUUUUGAGGUCCUGUGAGCUAAAAGCAAUGGAGUUGUUUGACCAAAAACCUGGCUUUAGAUUGUGAAAGUCUAGUUUGGGGAACAAAUAAAAUGGACCCAAGGCCAUAUAGAAUUAGCUGUCUGAACAGAAAGAGUGUAAAUUUAUGAGUAUUUUCUUCUUGUAUGAGUGUGGGGAAGAUAGAGACAAGGGUUUGUUUUGGUUUUUGCUUGCUAGAGGAGUGAGGAAAAACGGUGUCGUAUCUCACAGAAUUGAGGAAGAGGUCAACUUUGCAUGGUGGGUGGAUUAAUGCUCUCUCCAGAUAUGGCUGCUGCUCAAGAUCAAUAUGAUGGUAGUCGUUCAGAAAGUGUUCUCUCAGCAAACAAUGGGGUUUCAUUUAGUGCUUCUGGGCUCCAGUUGAAGGAUCAGUUCUCUAAUGGAAAUGACUCUGCUCCCAAGGCGAGAAAACCAUACACAAUCACAAAACAAAGAGAGAGAUGGACAGAGGAAGAGCAUAAGAAAUUCCUUGAAGCUUUAAAGCUGUAUGGUCGAGCCUGGCGAAAGAUAGAAGAGCAUGUUGGCACCAAGACUGCAGUUCAGAUUCGAAGUCAUGCUCAAAAGUUCUUUUCUAAGGUUGCUCGUGACUCAAAUGGCAGCAACGUAAUCUCGGAAGAGCCCAUUGACAUCCCUCCUCCUCGACCAAAACGGAAGCCAAUGCGUCCUUAUCCCCGAAAACUUGUACACCCUGUUAAUAAAGAGACCUUUAUUGUAGAGCGGCCAACAAGGUCUGCAUCUCCAAAUUUAUCAGUUUCGGAGCCAGAAAACCAGUCUCCAACAUCAGUAUUAUCUGUGAUUGGCUCAGAUACACUGGGUUCCGCUGAUUCAAAUACACCCAGUCGUAGUUUAUCACCCGUUUCAUCUGCUGCUGAUGUCCAUGGUGUGGACUUAAAUCAUUCUGAGCCCCCCAACCCAUCACUGGAGGAAAGUGGAUCUACAUCACCAUCUGUAGCAGAAAAUGGUUCACUUCCUAACAUGCAAUUAUCAAUGAAGCUUGAGUUAUUUCCCACGGAUAAUGUUGCUGCUAGUGGAGUUUCAGCUGAGGAGGUAUCCGCACGAAGCCUUAAACUCUUUGGAAGAACUGUAUUGGUCACGGAUUCCUACAGACCAUCUUCUCCAACCUCGGGAACUUCAAAAUCACUGCCUUCUGAUGUGAAAGAGGAGAAACCUGUGCAGACAUCAACACCAUGUAACUUUACAGCUACAGAAUCUGCAUCUGGGAGUGUGGAACAUGUUUGGGAUAAUUUUCCCUAUGGAGUACAUCCAGGCAUGUAUUUUAUGCAAUUUCAGAAUCAGAACUCAAAUCUGGUAGAAUCUGGUUCUGCUUAUUCUGCACCAUGGUGGACCUUAUGUCCAAAAUUGCCAUUUCCUUUUAUUCCAUUCCAUAAGCCGCAAGCAGUAAAAGAACAUUUUGAUGGUAAUCUUGGAGAUCCUAAGGAAGUUGAGAAGGAAGGGUCUUGGACUGGUUCAGAUGCUGGAUCAGUCAAUGAUGAGGAAAACGGUGACAAAUGUCUAGGUAUUGAGACUGAGGGUAAAGAACAAGAGCCAAAUUCGGUUCUCCAAUUUAAGGCAAGUGCAAACUCAGCCUUCUCUGAAUUAAGAGCAAGCCCUAGCCCUGGAAAGUGUAGAAAAGGAUUUGUACCGUAUAAAAGAUGUUUGGCUGAGAGAGACACCUCUACAAUAGCAAGUGAAGACAGGGAUGGGAAAAGAGUCCACCUUUCCUUGUAAUGUCCUGCUAUUGAGGUUUGUCGUAGAAUCUUUCUAUGUUAGUCAAGAGGUCUUUUUUCACAGAACAAGGAACUUGUUUCCGGUACCGUUUAGUUUAAGAUGUGAUCAGUUUCAGCUGCUGGUGGAUGACUCAAAAUGGGAAAAAUUAAUGUGGUACCGUUUAGUUAAGAUGUGACCAGUUUCAGCUGCUGGUAGAUGACUCAAAAUGGGAAAAACAGUAAGUAGCAUUUCUGUGGCCUUGCAGAUUCUAUUAUGGUAGUUCUGGUUUUGACCUCUCAACUGUGUAAGGCAAGCUUGCCAUUUCUUGUAUGUUUCGUAUCUCCAUGCUUUGCUUUUACAACCAGCACUUGGUACUACAAGCUUUUGUAUUACUUUCCAUUCUUUUUCCUUCUUUGUAACUAUGAAUUUCAUAUAGUCUCAGUGUUAACAUUUAUGAGUUGAA